AGAGGACUAAGAACUAUGUAUCGGCGAAGAUCUCAGUGCUGCCCUGGAUAUUACGAAAGUGGAGACUACUGUAUACCGCUCUGCACAGAGGAGUGUGUGCAUGGAAGAUGUGUCUCUCCUGACACUUGUCAUUGUGAACCAGGAUGGGGAGGUACUGAUUGCUCUAGUGGUUGCGAUAGCGAGCACUGGGGACCCCACUGCAGCAACCGCUGCCAGUGUCAGAAUGAGGCUCUCUGCAACCCCAUCACGGGAGCCUGCGUCUGCGCAGAUGGGUUCCGAGGAUGGCGCUGUGAAGAGCUCUGUGACCCUGGGAGCUACGGCAAGGGCUGCCAGUUUAAAUGCCAAUGUCACAACGGAGCUACCUGCGACCAUAAAACGGGAGAAUGUCACUGUGCUCCUGGAUACACGGGGGUAUUUUGUGAAGAGCGCUGUCCCCCAGGCAGUCACGGAGCUCAGUGUGAAUUGCGCUGCCCUUGCCAGAACGGGGGAGUCUGCCACCACAUCACUGGAGAGUGCUCCUGUCCUCCUGGAUGGAUGGGGCUGGUGUGUGCACAGCCAUGUCCUCCUGGAACAUUUGGAAUUAACUGCAGCCAGGACUGUCCAUGCCACAACGGAGGACACUGUGAUCCCGUGACAGGAAAAUGCAUCUGUACGGCUGGCUAUAUAGGAGACAGGUGUCAAGAAGAGUGUCCUAUUGGGACGUACGGCUUUCAGUGCACACAAAGAUGUGACUGCCAAAAUGGUGCGAAGUGUUAUCAUGUAAAUGGAGCGUGUAUGUGUGACCCUGGAUUUAAAGGGAUUUAUUGCCAAGAAAGAAUGUGUCCAGAAGGGUUUUAUGGCCUCAAAUGCAACAAGAGAUGUCCUUGCAAUAUUACCAACACUCUCAGUUGCCAUCCAUUGUCUGGAGAAUGUAGCUGCAAAGCUGGCUGGGCUGGACUCUACUGCAAUGAAACCUGUCCCCCUGGGUACUACGGCGAGGGCUGCCAGCUGACCUGCCCUUGCCAGAACGGUGCAGAUUGCGACAGCAUCACAGGGAAGUGUACGUGUGCACCGGGUUAUAUGGGAGAUGACUGCACCAUUACCUGCAUGGCAGGAACCUACGGUACCAAUUGCUCGUCAGUUUGUAAUUGCAAAAAUGAUGGUGCGUGUUCCCCUGUGGAUGGUCUGUGCUAUUGCAAAGAAGGGUGGCAAGGAGUGGAUUGCUCUAUUCCAUGUUCAAGUGGCAGUUGGGGGCUUAACUGUAACCAGACAUGUUAUUGCACAAACGGAGCAGCCUGCAGGCCAGCUGAUGGCUUUUGUCUCUGCUCACCUGGAUGGCAAGGGGAGUACUGCGACCAGCCGUGUCCUGAUGGAACAUAUGGUCUUAAUUGCAGUGAACGUUGUGACUGUAGCCAUGCAGAUGGGUGUGAUCCUGUCACAGGUUACUGCUGCUGUCUUGCGGGCUGGACAGGCAUCCACUGUGACAAUAUAUGCACCCAGGGCCGCUGGGGACCAAACUGCUCCAUCUCCUGUAACUGUGAGAACGGGGGAUCCUGCUCCCCAGAGGACGGCACCUGUGACUGUGCACCUGGAUACAGAGGACCCUUGUGCCAGAGAAUUUGUCCCCCCGGCUUUUAUGGACACCACUGCAGUCAGCCCUGCCCUCAGUGUGUGCACAGCAGCGGGCCUUGUCACCACGUGUCAGGACACUGCGAUUGCUUGCCUGGAUUCUUUGGUGCUCUCUGCAACCAAGUCUGUCCCAGUGGAAAAUAUGGGAAGAACUGUUCCGAGGUCUGUCAGUGCACCGAGAACGGGACGUGCAAUCCUAUUGAUGGAUCGUGUCAGUGUUUUCCAGGCUGGAUAGGGAUGGACUGCUCUCAGACUUGUCCCACUGGUUUUUGGGGCCCUGAUUGCUUUCAUUCAUGCAACUGCCACAACGGAGCAAUGUGCAGCCCUUACGAUGGAGAAUGUAGAUGUACUCAUGGUUGGACGGGGCUCUACUGCACUCAGCGUUGCCCAGCUGCUUUUUAUGGAAAAAACUGUGCCAAUGUUUGUCAGUGUCAGAACGGCGCGGACUGUGACCACAUCACCGGCCAGUGCACGUGCAGGACUGGAUUUACAGGCAAACAAUGUGAGCAAAAGUGCUCACCAGGAACAUUUGGUUAUGGUUGCAAACAACUCUGCGAAUGCAUGAAUAAUGCUACAUGUGACCAUGUCACAGGUACUUGCUACUGCAGUCCAGGCUUCAAAGGAAUCCGAUGUGAUCAAGCCGCUCUUAUGAUGGAAGAAUUAAACCCCUAUACUAAAAUUAGCCCUGCUCUUGGAUCAGAGAGGCACUCAGUGGGAGCAAUCAUUGGAAUUAUUAUUCUCCUUCUAAUUAUUAUGGUCUUGCUGGCACUCUUUGUGUGGUAUCGACGGAAACAGAAGGAGAAGGGCCAUGACAUGCCAAGUGUAUCUUAUACUCCAGCCAUGAGGAUGACUAAUACAGAUUACUCACUUUCUGAUAUAUCUCAAGGUAGCGGCAGUGUACAUUGUUUUUCCAAUCCAAGCUACCACACUCUCUCAUGUGGUGUGACUUCACGCUUCUUUACCAGUAAUCUGGAUGGAAACAGCUCCAGUAAGCUCAGUAACAAAAUCCUUGACAGAGACACUGCAGACUGGAGACCCUACAGCUAUCUGAAUGAACUAGGUGCUUGUGGGAUGGAUAGACGUCAGAACACAUACAUAAUGGAAAAAAGCUUCAAAGAUUAUAUGAAAGAAUCUGUGUGCAGCUCCAGCACUUGUUCUCUGAACAGCAGUGAAAACCCAUACGCCACCAUUAAAGACCCCCCCAUUUUAACAUGCAAACACUCCGAGAGCAGCUACGUGGAAAUGAAAUCGCCUGGUCACAGGGAGUCCCCGUAUUCAGAAAUGCCAACUUCAUCGACAGCCAAUAAAAACAUCUACGAAGUUGAGCCCACUGUCAGCGUGGUCCAAGACGCCCGUGGUCGGAGUGCCAGUUACCUCCAAAAUCCAUACGACCUGCCUAGGAACAGUCACAUUCCUAGUCACUACGACCUCCUCCCCGUACGGCACACCCCGACGCACGGGCCAUCUUGGGACAAGCAGUCGUAA